AUGGCGACUCGGUUUGAAUUCUUCGACGAGAACGAAGUUGCAGCGGCACAUGUCAUUGGAGGUGGAGCAGAAUAUGGAUUCACCGAAGAUGAAGAAGACGAAGAUGAAGAAGACGAAGAUGAAGGCGACGAAGAUUAUGUACCCGCUGUGCCGUCACCUGGGGCUUCGCAUAACGGUCCUCGUAGUCCUACCUCCGACGAAGUAAUUGUUAUCCCCGACGAAACACAGUACAAACGCCGUAGAACCGAAGGAGGAGAUACUUCCUGUUCGUCUGAGUGGAAUCGCACCGACACUGAUGGCCUCAUUUGCCCUAUUUGCAUGGAUGUUUGGAACAAUAACGGCGAACAUCACAUCUGUUGUCUUCCUUGUGGACACAUAUAUGGUAUGUCUUGUAUCAAAAAAUGGCUUCAACAGCGGAAUAAGUGUCCUCAAUGUAAUAGGAACUGUUGCUUAAAGGAUGUGAGGAAACUCUAUGCUUCCCGAGUAGUUGCUGGCGAUGAAGAAUCUAAGAAGAGAAUUCGGUCACUUGAGGCCAAAUGUGAUGCCCUUGAAAGAACGGGUGGUGAUUGGCUCAAGAAAGAAGCUGGAUGGCAAGAGAGAGAAGCUGCAUUGCAUCUUGAAGUUCAGAAGCUUACAAAGAGAAACACUUAUUUGGAGCAGCUGCUACUAGAUAUGCAGAACAGGCCAUCUGGGUUGAUAAAUAGCAGUGGAAACUCUCAAUGGAGAUGUGAAUCUGAGCACAAUUUUGGCUCACAGUCCCAUGGAAUAGGAUCGUUUUGCAAUUUUGAAAUGCAGAAAGCGUUUCAUUUGGAUGGUGCACGUGUAUUUGAUAUGGACCCUUCUAAUCAAAUUUUAUUAAUUGCUCAAAAGCCGAAGGGGAUAGGUGGAAUGCACUUGCUAACUAAAAUGAGCUUGAUAUCUCCAUUUGAGAUGGAAGAUAUCUUACUGCCUUCCACUACAAAUGGUAUUAGAGACCUACAUAUUUCUCCUAAUAGUAGCCUGGCCCUUUAUGCAUCAUUAGAGAAGAAAUUAUCAGUACUCAGCAUGGGCAGCAGCAACCUUGUUGUCAGUUAUGAUCUACAGGUUCCUGCUUGGUCUUGUUCAUGGGAUCUUAACAGUUCGCAUUACAUAUAUGCUGGGCUACAGAAUGGUUCUGUCUUGGUCUUUGAUAUGCGCCAAACUGCAGGACCUAUGAAAUCUAUGGUUGGGUCGACUGGCAACCCUGUUCAUACUGUACAAUCUCUUGCACAAACUUCAGGUCUUUCUUCUGGUGUUAGAACCAUCCUAUCUGCAUCUGCCGCUGGCCUUUGUCAGUGGAACAUUGAUUCUGAAGAACGGCCAUAUGUGGUUCCUGAAACUGAUAAUCAAGGAGUUUGUAUAUCCCUUGCCUAUUGCCCAAGCAGUGAUGACAUUGUUGUUUCAUACCGUCCAAAAUUUGACAUGUCGAUGGAUGUGCCUCUUUCUCAACCAUCGCCCAGUCCUUAUGUUGAUGGACAAGGAGUACUGGGCUCUCAUGUCUUGUUCAAGAGAAUGGGCAGUCAUUUUUUCCAAAAGAUGGGUUCCUCAUAUGCCAAUGUAAGUAAAGUUCGACUACCAAAAUGUGUAAUUAUGGACAUGGAGAAUCAGAGCAGAUUAUUUGCUUCUGGAGAUGAAGAUACAUGUGAUUUGGUCUUGCGUGAGUUGCCAUCUUUUAGAGUUCUUCAGCAAUUCAAAAUACCAGCUCAGGCCCGUGAUGUUAGGUACUCACCUAGCCAUGGAAUACUUGGUUGUUUAACCGAGAAUACAUUGCAGCUUUUCUAUACUUAACUUGUGAGGAGGAAGCUAAUUCUUUAUUUCGCAAUUACUAUGUCAUUGCGGUCCUUUCAAGAAAAAACGGGGUUUAUUGACGUUGAUUUUUUUUGGUUCUAAAUUAUUUUUAUCUUUAGAAUUUCAGCUGUCCUUAAAGUAAUUGAGAUAUUUAUUGCUUUGCUA